GAAUUUUGAAGAAGAAAGAAGGGAAAAAGAAAAAACGGAGUAGUCGUAUGUUAUAGGGAGGGGCUGGUAUUGCGAAUUCAUUAGUCGCCUAUUCGGUCUGGCUUAACUCGAUUGAUUCGUGAAUUUCCGAAAUUAUUCAAGGAAAUUGCAAUUUCGGUUUAAUUUCUUCAUCGAAUCAUGGACGAAUCCCUAAUUACAAGAGGAAGUUUCAUUAUGGAUGAGAAGAGAAGAAGCGCAGCAGUUGAUAAAGGGGUGAAAAGGGAUGAUGAGAGCAACACUGGUGAUACAAAUCCAAAUCAUAAAAGGGUGAAAAGAGAUGCUGAUAAUACAAAUGCCGAAAAGGGAGAAGCAAGCAUCCGUGAUUUGAGACCACGGCGGCGUGACCGUGAAAAACUGUUGGCCUUACUUAACACAGAAAAGUAUAUGGAGUACUAUGUUAAUGCGGCAUUCCGAUCAAUACGUGAUAAUGAAGUGUUUAUAUUCCUGCAGAACGAUUAUUUUGUAAUCAAGUAUGAUCCCGAAACACCAGGGAAUGAUUGCCUAGUCAAAGGCCCUCUCUUGGUUUGCGAUGGCUUCCCCUCCCUUUACUCCUCUGGUUUUGAAGAGUAUGGAAUUGAUGCUGCUUUUGGUUGCCAUGGUGUCAAUGAAGCAUUUUUGUUUUCGGCUAUAGAGUGUGCCAAGAUAAGGUAUGAUUUAGACACACGAACAGGUGAUCUAAUAAAGGUCAAAGCCAUAAGGCCGACCUGGAGAAUGUUUCCCUGCCUGGGUGUGCUAGAGAGUGUUGUUUUCAACGCUGCCUUUGAAUACACGGUUGUUGAUGAAGCUUAUCUUUUUCAAGGCUCACGAUAUGUUCUCCUUAACUACUCCAAGCGGAAGCUCAUCGCCAGUGGUCUCAUAACUGAUGCUUUUCCAUGCUUGCGGGAUACCAUCUUCUCAAGUGACAUUGGAGCUGCCUUUGCCUCGCACAAGUCUAAUCAAGUCUACCUUUUCAAAGACAAGUCUUAUAUGCUCCUACACUAUAACCCUCGUGAACCCGACGACGUCACGACAGCUACAUAAUCGAUGGUCCCGGGGAGAUUGUUCCCGUCAACUGGCCUUCUUUACGCGGCAUAGUGCCUUACAAUUGCUGGGGACGUGGAGAUAUCUCGCCCAAAACAUGGAAAGCAGGCUGGACCGUUGAUGGCUGGGUUAAAAUUGCAUAGAAAGUUCUGUGCCUUGUGAAGCGCAUCAAUCAGCGUUUGAGACUGGACUAUGUCACACAUUAACUCUUAAGCAGAUUGCAAUCUGUCCUUGUGUUUUUCAAUGUAGACUACUCGUAUUAGAGUUCUUUAGAAGUUUGAGACUGGUUCCACAUAAUUACAGUCUGUUUUAAGUCACUAAUCUGUGCUUAUUUCUAUAACUUUUAUUUUUUUACUUACGCAAGUAAAAGAAGUGGAUCAUAAAAACAGUUUAGGUUGUAAACUGUAAUUUCUAUUUUGUGACUGAGAAAUCAAAUGAGCCUCAACUUGUUUCUGAGUUGGGUUUAGAAUCA